GCCAAAUGAAGUCCAAAGAGCGUCACCCUUGUUCGCCAAGUGACCAUCGGAGAUCCAGAAGUCCCAGCCAAAGGCGAACUCGAAGUAGAAGUUCUUCCUGGGGGAGAAAUAGGAGGCGGUCUGAUAGUCUUAAAGAGUCUCGACACAGGCGAUUUUCUUAUAGCCAAUCUAAAUCUCGUUCCAAAUCACUACCAAGGCGGUCUACCUCAGCAAGGCAAUCAAGAACUCCAAGAAGAAAUUCUGGAUCUCGAGGACGGUCAAGGUCCAAAUCCUUACAAAAAAGGUCCAAAUCAAUAGGAAAAUCACAAUCAAGUUCACCUCAAAAGCAGACCAGCUCAGGAACAAAAUCAAGAUCACAUGGAAGACAUUCUGACUCCAUAGCACGGUCCCCAUGCCAGUCUCCCAAAGGGUACCCCACUCCUGAAACGAAAGCACCAACAGCACAGCAUUCCCAUUUCCGAUCCCAUUCCAGAUCCCGGAGUUACCGUCAUAAAAACAGCUGGUGAGCAAGCAGCAGAAGAGCAUGUCCGUGGCCUUCAGUGUGUGACGAAGCCUUUCCUUACGCUAAAUAAAAAUUCUUUAAGGCUUACAGAACUCCGAGUUGAUAAUAGUUUGUGCAUAGCCAAGAAAUAAAAUAAUCUCUAGAUUCGGUUUUAGUGUAAAGGCCCACGUGAUAAAUGAUACUUUUUAUACCACCAAUUUCAUGGACAUUUUUUUUCUUUCACUGUGUCAAAGGGUACUUUUCAAAGGACAUUGGUAAAUGGAACCAAUUUAGAAAAUUCUAGUAGGAUGUUAAGUAUUGAUAUAUUAGUACCUUUUACAAAAAUAUUUUUACUUUGAAGUCCUUUUGCUUUUGUGUAAAACGUAAUUAUGACUGUAUAAUUGGCAUAGAAUAGACUUUUUGACAGCUCUGUCAAUUUUGUGUUUUCUAUUUAAACUUGGGCCAAUCUCUGUUGACUGUCAUACAAAAUACAAAUAUCAAAGUAGAAGGCAUUCAAAAGACACAUUAUCUUCUGAGCUCACAGGAGGUUUUAAUUUUACUGAGUGGAAGGAACAGUAUAGUCAACCGUCCAUUAAAUGGCAUUCUGUACCAUGCUCACUUUAGAAUGUCAAAGCCUUUUAGUAAUAUUCAAUAGUGAAUGGUUUGAGACCACUUCUCAAAAAAUUAUAGUGUGUAAUACCAACAAUCCAAAAAUAUUCAUAUUAAGCCUUACACAUUUGCAAAGUGGUACAUUUUAUAUAAAAUCAUAUUUUAUAACAUUAUUUCUACAUUCCUACUUUUCAUCUGUUGCUAAUUUUUUUGUUUUAGAGCUUUAGAUCAAGAAAACUGUAUAGAAUAAGUCUCAUUUUUAUGUUUGAAACAGUGUUUCGUACCUCGUAUUAUGAAACUCGAGGACUGCAUCCUAAACACACCUCUACAGUAUUUGGAUUUUAUGUUACACUUCUCUUGAUUUUUUUUUUAAACCAAAUCACGUUGUUGAUAUUUAUUCCUUUUCUAGUUGUUGUAAGUGAAAACUUUCUUUUUAAAUGUGUUUGUAGUUUAUGUUUUACAGAGAUGGUUUUGGUAGUAUUUGUGAUAAAAUGGUUUUUGAAUAUGAUUAUUAUAGGGGAAUAUAUUUAUAGAACUCUACUUGUGUACCUUGUUGAAUUCUACUAUUGAAACUUAAAACUUCUGAGCUCACACAGUUAAUAUAUCUAGAGUGCAAAAGAAAAAAAUUCUUUAUCUUACAUUUUUUAGGAUAUAGAAGCAAGUAUUGCUUCUAUUUGUUUUAAAUGCAAAUUCCUUUUUUCUUUGCAUUUUAGAUCCUAUAUGUAAGAAAACUUUUUAAAAUAAUUUGUACACUGGUAAUAUUUGGAAUAAGUACCAUAAAUUCAUGUAGACUGUACUUUCUCAAUAGAUUUCUCUAUUUAAUCAUAACAAAAUUUAUUUCAAAACUACAAGUCUUUAAGAAAAUUUAAUUAUAAAAUUAUGUGGCACUAUUGAAAACUUAAAGAUAGAAGAGCAAGAUAUAUUAAUGUUUAUGCAUAUUAGUAAUUAUGUAUAAGAACAAGGAAUUGAUUAUAGUGUCUAUUCUACAUUGACACAUUAGUAUAUCUAGUAUAAAGUUAACAGGCAAUGAUUAUGAACAUGUUUAAUCAUUUGAUUUAUGUCUGACUUGAUUUUAUGUUAUUAGAAAAUAAUAUUUGGCUCAAUAGGAAAGCUGGAAUAAGAGCUCAAAUGUUUUUGAGCCUUUCCCCUGUGCUUGGUGUUGCUCUUUAAAUUUUAUGUUAUUAUUCAUUUAUUUCAUUAUUACAACAACCUCAUACGGUAAAUACUAUUGCAGAUGAGAAAAGUAUAAAUUUUAUAGAGGUCACUUAGCCCUUAAAUGUGGGAGCUGUGGGGAGCUGAGCUUCCAUAUGCCCCUCCCCAACUACUAUGCUACAUCUUGGAGGAAGAAAAAAGUAAUUGACAGAUACAUGCUUAAGUGAUAUAAUAUUAAAGGAACCUUGGUGCCACAGUGGCUAGGCACUUGGCUGCUAACAAGUUCAAACUCACCAGUCGUUCUGUAGGAGGAAGAUAUGGCACCCCACUUCUGGAAAAUUACCUCCUGGAGAGAACCCUAAGGGGAGGGGGAGUUCGGUGUCCUACAAGGUUGCCGUAAGUCUAAAUGAAGCAGCUCACUGGCCUUGGGUAAGAUCAUGUCUGGGAAGAAAGGGGAGACUAAAAUUAGAGAAAGCAGUGCCGAUAGACUUGAAUGAAAAUGGAAUCUGUGACGUGGUGUGAAAAUGGGGAAUUCUGAACACUUUGGAACGUUUUCUAAGGAGAAUAUCUCUAUCCUAUCCUAGGGGGUUCUCUUCUGUUUCUUGGACAACUUAAGAGAGGAUACUUAAGCUAAGAUUAUCAAUCAAUAAAGAAAAUGCUUUUAUUUUA